AUGUUCUCAUCAUCCCUGAUUGGUUCGCAGCGGGAUCUCGACCGAGCUUUGGAUGAAUUGCAGAAAAAACGGCCAGGUCAGAAAAGGGGACUAAAUCUGGGAGAACGGCCGCUCCAUCUCAUUCGAUCAAUUCUCACACUGGUCAUUCUAUACCUCGAGCCGAUCAAAGUUGUUCGGCCGGUACUACAGUCAUCAGCACACAGAGGGCAGUGCCGAUUGCAGGUCGAAGAAUCACACGCCAAAUUACUAGGUCAUCUACUUUGCCCGGUGAUGACGAGUCUCCGCCGUCUUGGUCAAUCGCCUUCAUGGAGUCGAAUAGUGUUGUCAUGCUGUCGCCUGAUGAUUCAUCGUUUUUAA